AUGAAGUUUACUACUGCCACCAUCUGUGCACUUUUCGUCGAAGCAGUUGUCGGGUCAGCCACUCCUCCGUCUAGCACUCGUUCUAACAUAGGCCGCACACAUCGCAUUGCCCUUAACUCAAGACUAUCCGCUGCUAACGGCUCCAAAGUCUUCGAUUCGAGGACUGUGCAGGAACAGCUGCAAUUUGUAUCUCGCUUACGAACGGAACACUGGGUCUCGCCACCGCUGAAUGGUCGCUAUAACGUUCGCCCGGUGGCAAAGCGGACCACGAACGGAAACGUGUCCCUUACGAACUACGAUGCAGACCUUUGGUACGGCGAUAUCGAGGUGGGCACGCCCCCUCAAACGUUCACAAUGUUAUUCGACACUGGCAGUUCAGACCUCUUUCUUCCAUCUAUCCAAUGCGAUGUAAGCUGUGAUGGACAUACGCAAUAUGACCCUGCUGCCUCGUCGUCUUCCAAAGAUACUGGUCAGCCGUUCGUGCUCAUGUCCGGCUCUGGAGAGACAGCAGGCGAGGAAUACGUAGAUGACGUUUUUGUUGGGGGUUACGAAGUUAGUUAUCCCUGGUUUUGA